AUGUGUAAAACGGACAUAACCGCAGUCUCCCUAAUUGACGAAAAGGAUGAGGGAAACCCAAAUAUACAGUAUACGCCAUCAUGUACACGAGUUACGCGAUGUGGCGGUUGUUGUGGUAGCAAUUUGAUUUCCUGUCAACCAACCCAAGUGGAAACGCUCAACUUCCCAGUAAAUUUUAAUAAAAUAUAUUAUUUUAAAAAUGCAAUAUUGAAGCAAUAUUGUUUUCACCUAUAACCUAAAACCUAUCUCAAAUGUAUUCGUGUAUAAUAGGUAAAAAUUUUAGAAUACAAUGGAACACAUUUUGUUUUUAAAGAAAAGAAAAAUGUUACUGUUCCCCAACACGUUGCAUGCAAAUGUGAUUGUACCAUAAAAGUAUGUUAUAUGAAACAGAAAAACAUUAAAAAUAAUUAAAUUGAUUGAUUAUUUUUUUUCUAUAGCAUUGUAAGCCCUCACAAAUGUAUAAUCCCAAAGGUUGUAAUUGUAUUUGUAAUAAUACAGAGGACCAAUACAAAUGUAACGCAGAAAGAGAUACAAAAAUGUGGGAUUCAGAUAGUUGCUCAUGUAAAUGUCGAAAAGUCGAAAACGAUAAUUGUACGACAGGAUCGGAAUUUAAUAACAAUACUUGCGGGUGGGUAAUUUUUAAAUUUAUGUAAAAAAACGAAUAGAAUAUAUUUUUAAAUGUAUAAACAAAAAAAUAGAUAUUAGAUAUAUCUAAACAAUUUAAAUUAUUUUUUCUCGAUAAGUAAAUAGGUAGAUACUUAGAAAAUUUUAUUAUAGGCAUAUUUUGUUCAAUAUCUAAGCAAAACCAAAAAUAAACCUCAGUUUUGUUUUUUUUGUUUUUAGUUGUGAACCUACAGAAUGA